AUGCCCUGUCCAGCCCGUCCACCAUUACCCCGGCUCCGCCCCGCCGCCGGGCUGCAUCACCUGCACCGCCAUCCCCCACCACCCUCCCACUUCCCCACCCUUUCCUUCCUCUACCCCCCGCCCUUCACCCACCCUCUCCACACUACCGCCCACCCGCGCGCCACCUCAUCCACAUUCUGCCCCUACCAAACCCUCCACAUCCCCGCGUCAGCCACCCGCGCCCAAAUCAAAAAAGCAUACUACAAAACAGUCUUCGAGCUCCACCCGGACCGUCUCGCCGUCGCUGGUACAGCCGGGACGAGUAGCACGGAUCCGACGGCACCGCGGACGAAAGCACGCGUAAGCGCGAGGGCCGAAACGAACGAAAAAGAGGAGUUCCUCAGAGCUGUACGCGCGUAUGAGAUCCUAAGCGACCCAGAGAAACGGCGACAAUGGGAUGGGGGUGUGCGGGCUCCCUUCAUCUACGAAUCCUCUACCUCGUCAUCACCGAGGGGGUCACAGUCACAGGGUGGGCGGCCGUUUUCCCGCGGCGGCGGCAGCGGCGGCGGCAAUCCGUUCAGUUCCAACCCGUUCGAUUCGAAUUACACGCCCCCACACUGGUCGACGGCCAACGACCCCGACUUUCCCUUCGCGCACUCCCACCCGGCCGGGAACACGACCCCGCUGUACAUGUCCAACGGCCGGCUCGCCGCGCUCAUCGUCCUCGCAGCCAUCCUCUCCGGCACGCUGGUCGUGCUGCAGGUCAACUCUGUCCGACGAAACAUGCGGAGGCGGUUGGAUGACCAGGAUCGGGAGUUGAGGGGGUUCUAUGAGGAGCGGUUGAGGAGGGCGAGGGAGAAUGGGUUUGAGAGGCAGACGGAGCCGUUGAGGAGGCGCGCUAGGGAGGUGGAGUUUGCUGAACGCGCGUUGGCGGCGGAGGCCGCGGGGGGCGAUGGGACGUGUGGUGGGACGAAUGGGGUUGUGGUGUUGGGGACGGAUCCGGUGGGGACGGGGCCGACUUCGUUCAAGUUAGAAUCGUAG